AUGGUCGAGGAGGAAGCUCAGAUGGCUUCGCUCUAUGCAGCCAAGCAGCAGCUGCGGUCUGCCAUGAAGCAGAGGCUGGGGGCCAUCUCGCAUGAGUCCGUCAUGUCACAGAGCUCGGUCGUCUUCAACAAGCUACAGUCGUUCAAGCCGUAUAGAGAUGCCAGCCGAGUCAGCAUCUUCCUGUCGAUGCCCAGCGGGGAGAUCCAGACUGAUGCAAUUGUCCGCCACGCUAUUGAAUCCGGGAAGGAGGUCUUCAUUCCUUACCUUCACAGGAAUCCGCUGUCAUCCCCAGGCCUUCCGGCCCGGGUCAUGGACAUGGUCCGCCUGCGAGAUAUCAAGGAUUACGAGGCUCUGGCACGAGACAAAUGGGGCAUCCCAAGUGUUGAUCCCGCCACGGUUCACGAGAGACAGAGGGUGCCUGGGGGGCCAGAUGCUCAUCACUCUGACCAGAUCCUGCUCGAUCUCAUUCUUAUGCCGGGUGUGGCUUUCGACAUCAGCCCGGACACCGGAGCGAUCAGGAGACUCGGGCAUGGAAAGGGCUUCUAUGAUUACUUCAUCGACAGGCACAAGAGCAAGGCUGCUUCUAUGGGACAGCCGGAAUCUUCUGUGUUGCUCUACGCUUUAGCUCUGUCCGAGCAAUUCCUGACGUCUCCUUCCCAAGGUUCGGUACCAGUUGGGUCGCUUGAUCAGCCCCUAGACGGCCUGAUCCUCGGCAAUGGAGAUAUCAAAUUGCCUCGUCGAGAUAAAUAG